ACGCCGACCCCGCGGCUCGACCUGCACCCCCGGGAGUAGCCGUCGCGGUCGCCGGCUGGCUGGAUUAGGGUUUGGGCCGGUCUUCGAGGGAGGGAAGGAGGCGAGAUGGGGCGCGGCAAGGUGCAGCUCAAGCGGAUCGAGAACAAGAUCAACCGCCAGGUCACCUUCUCCAAGCGCCGCUCGGGCCUGCUCAAGAAGGCGCACGAGAUCUCCGUGCUCUGCGACGCCGAGGUCGGGCUCAUCAUCUUCUCCACCAAGGGAAAGCUCUACGAGUUCGCAACUGACGCAUGUAUGGACAAAAUUCUUGAGCGGUAUGAGCGCUACUCCUAUGCAGAAAAAGUGCUCAUUUCAACCGAAUCUGAAAUUCAGGGAAACUGGUGCCAUGAAUAUAGGAAACUGAAGGCGAAGGUUGAGACAAUUCAGAGAUGUCAAAAGCAUCUAAUGGGAGAGGAUCUUGAAUCAUUGAAUCUCAAGGAGUUGCAGCAACUAGAGCAGCAGCUGGAAAGUUCACUGAAACAUAUUAGAUCCAGAAAGAGCCAGCUUAUGCACGAAUCCAUAUCUGAGCUUCAAAAGAAGGAGAGGUCACUGCAGGAGGAGAAUAAAAUUCUCCAGAAGGAACUCAUAGAGAAGCAGAAGGCCCACACGCAGCAAGGGCAGUGGGAGCAAACUCAGCCCCAAACCAGCUCUUCCUCCUCCUCCUUUAUGAUGGGGGAAGCUACCCCAGCAACAAAUCGCAGUAAUCCCCCAGCAGCGGCCAGCGACAGAGCAGAGGAUGCGACGGGGCAGCCUCCGGCUCGCCCGGGGCUUCCACCAUGGAUGGUGAGUCACAUCAACAAUGGCUGAAGGGGCUUCCACUCCAUCUAAACGUAUUAUUCAGUACGUGUAGCGAGUUGCACCGGCCUGUCUUCUUGUGGUUGCUAGCAAGCUGACCCCUAGAGGAAAGCAGAAAGGGAAAAUUCGGAGAAAGGUAGCAGGUUGCAAUGUGUAUAUUUCACUCUGUUCUGCUCAGUUUCCCUCCUGCCUGAGCUGACUUCACGUAAGAGUUAUUUACCUUGUAAUACAUGUGUAGCGUGAGUGACAAAUUUUCCAUUUUCUACGACCCUCUUGGGUGCCGUCUGUUUCUGUGAAUUAAACUAUCCAAUAUGAGUAUUAUGUAUAUUGUGAUUGUUGAAAAUAAAUUAAUCCGGACCUUUGUCUCCGUGAUCUUA